GAAACCAACUUGUAUUGGAAAAUGGAAAUUGAUAAAGAGAACUUAUUAACACUUCACAAGUACCUUGGCAGAGUGUGGCCAUUCCAUGUCCAAUAGUCCAACUACCUGUGUAUUGUGAGAACAUUCAGAUACUAUUGGAAGAUUUUGCUUAUCAGUGCUAGAUUCCAUCUGUUGCUUUUGAUGAUUUCUGAGAGCGGUUGUUUUAAGUAUUUGUUAUUAUAAGAAAUGUUCAGAGAGCGUGUUCUGACUUCCAUCCAUGAAAAAUUUAAAUAGGGUUUGUAAUAGAAGAUUGGUUGGUACAGGCUUACUGUAUGCUAAGAUGGCUGGAUAUGAAGGGUCCUCAGUGAACACUGAUGUGAAAUCUGGGAGUAUGAUUUUUGAGCCCAUCUUGGAGGAAGGAGUUUACCGAUUUGAUUGCUCUGCAGAUGAUCGAGAUGCAGCAUUUCCAAGUAUUUCUUUUGUUGAUCCCAGUCACAGGGACACACCUUUGUUGAGUGUUGCUCAUAAAGCUCCACCCUACAUUCCUACUUUUGAAUGUGUUCUUGGGCAACAAAUUGUGAAUAUCAAGUUUCCACCUGGUACCUCUUUCUAUGGAACUGGAGAGGUUAGUGGGCAGCUUGAAAGAACCGGAAAGAGGGUAUUUACUUGGAACACCGAUGCGUGGGGUUACGGACCAGGAACUACUUCCUUGUAUCAAUCACAUCCUUGGGUGCUUGCUGUUCUUCCUAAUGGAGGGGCUAUAGGGGUACUGGCAGAUACCACAAGGCGCUGUGAGAUUGAUUUGCGCAAAGAAUUAAAUGUGAAGUUUGUUGCUGAAUCUUCUUAUCCUAUCAUUACAUUCGGUCCAUUUCCUUCACCAACUGAUGUCCUCAUUUCUUUAUCUCAUGCAACUGGGACUGUGUCUAUGCCCCCUAAAUGGUCACUGGGUUACCAUCAAUGCCGCUGGAGUUAUACAUCUGAUGCACGAGUUCGUGAGAUUGCAAAGACAUUCAGGGAGAAAGAUAUACCUUGUGAUGUCAUAUGGAUGGACAUAGACUACAUGGAUGGUUUUCGCUGUUUCACUUUCGACAAGGAGCGAUUUCCUGAUCCCAAAUGUCUGGUACAAGAUCUACAUCGAGAUGGUUUCAAGGCAAUCUGGAUGCUAGAUCCGGGAAUCAAAUGUGAGAAAGGUUAUUCUAUUUAUGAUAGCGGUUCAGAAAAAGAUAUCUGGAUUCAGACUGCAGAUGGGAAUCCGUUUAUUGGAGAAGUAUGGCCCGGGCCUUGUGUGUUUCCAGAUUUCACUCAAUCAAAAGCCCGCUCAUGGUGGGCUAAUCUUGUUAAAGAAUUCAUUUCUAAUGGAGUAGAUGGCAUUUGGAAUGACAUGAAUGAACCAGCUGUUUUCAAGACUGUAACUAAAACAAUGCCAGAGAACAAUAUUCACCGGGGAGAUGAGGAACUCGGAGGCUACCAGAUGCACUCCCAUUAUCACAAUGUAUAUGGUAUGCUGAUGGCAAGGUCCACAUAUGAAGGAAUGAAACUGGCCUAUGGAAAUAGGCGUCCCUUUGUACUUACUCGAGCUGGAUUCAUUGGCAGCCAGAGAUAUGCAGCUACUUGGACAGGAGACAAUCUUUCCACAUGGGAACACCUGCACAUGAGCAUCUCCAUGGUUCUUCAACUUGCCCUCAGUGGUCAGCCACUCUCUGGACCAGAUAUUGGUGGAUUUGCUGGUAAUGCAACUCCAAAACUCUUUGGACGCUGGAUGGGGAUAGGAUCCUUGUUUCCAUUCUGUCGUGGGCAUUCUGAAAUGGACACCAAUGAUCAUGAACCAUGGUCAUUUGGGGUGGAGUGCGAAGAAGUUUGUCGCCUGGCGUUAAAGAGAAGAUACCGCCUUCUGCCGCAUAUAUAUACGCUGUUUUAUUUGGCUCAUACAAAGGGAACUCCAGUGGCCACUCCCAUUUUCUUUGCUGAUCCAGAGGAUCCCAAGUUAAGAAUGUGUGAGGAUUCGUUUAUGUUGGGGCCACUUCUCAUUUAUGCAAGCACGCAGAGACACGGAGAACUGGAUCAUAGGCAGCAAAAAUUGCCAACAGGAAUUUGGUUACGUUUUGACUUUGAAGAUUCUCAUCCGGACCUACCUGCAUUGUAUUUGAAAGGUGGAUCAAUUGUUCCUGUGGGUCCUCCAUAUACACAUGUUGGUGAAGCUAAUGCCACAGAUGACUUAUCCCUCCUUGUGGCUUUAGACGAAUGUGGAAAAGCGGAAGGUUUCCUCUUUGAAGAUGAUGGCGAUGGAUAUGAAUACAGGAAAGGAGGGUAUCUUUUGACAACUUAUGCAGCUGAGCUCGUUUCUUCAGUUGCCACCAUUCGUAUCUCCAAAACUGAAGGAUCAUGGAAAAGGCCAAACCGUCGUCUACAUGUGCAUUUAUUGCUGGGUAAUGGAGCUACGCUUGAUGCUUGGGGAACUGAUGGAGAAAUUGUGCAAAUUAUGGUGCCCUCUGAAAAAGACAUAGCGGAUUUAGUAUUAGCAAGUGAAGAGAAGUACAAAAGUCGUAUGGAGAGUUCUAGAAGAAUACCAGACAUGGAUACUGUUCCUGGGCAUAAGGGAUCGGAGCUAUCAAAGACUCCUGUAGUGAUGAGAAGUGGAGAUUGGGUUCUUACUGUGGUUCCUUGGAUUGGUGGUAGAAUAAUUUCAAUGGAGCAUGUUCCUUCGGGAACUCAGUGGCUUCACAGUCGAAUUGAGAUGAGUGGAUAUGAAGAAUAUACUGGGACUGAAUAUCGAUCAGCUGGAUGUACUGAGGAGUAUUCUGUCCUCGACCGGGAUCUGGAGCAGGCAGGGCAAGUGGAGUCUCUUAAACUUGAAGCUGAAAUUGGAGGUGGAUUAGUUCUUGCGCGGGAAAUAUCUGUCCCUGAAAAUAACCCCAAGAUUUUCCAGAUUGAGUCUGCCAUUGUAGCUCGGAAAGUAGGUGCAGGAUCAGGAGGAUAUUCAAGGCUCGUAUGUUUGCGUGUGCAUCCUACCUUUUCAUUGCUCCAUCCAAGUGAAUCAUAUGUGGUCUUUACCUCUGUUGAUGGUUCCAAGCAUGAACUUUGGCCAGAGUCUGGGGAGCAGUACUUUGAAGGGGAUCUCCUACCAGAUGGAGAGUGGAUGCUUGUUGACAAAUGUCUUGGAUUGGAGUUGGUGAAUCGGUUCAACAAAAAUGAAGUCUACAAGUGUCUCGUACACUGGGGAACUGGGACAGUAAAUCUGGAGCUUUGGUCUGAGCAAAGGCCUGUUUCAAAUCAAUCACCUUUGAGGAUAACUCACGAGUACGAGGUGAGAAGCAUAUCUUAAAUGGAAACUGGAGCACUUCCGCAACAAAGUAUCCUUACAAAAUGUUGAAUAAAAUUGAGAAUCACCAACCCAUUGUUUAAUCUGUAUGUCUAUGAUUGUGUUUGAUCUCUACCGGGUUCAAUUUGACACGGUUGUAACUGGAAAUUAUGUUAUUGCUGGUGGCUGAUGCUGCAUAAAUUAUAUAACUAAAAUUAUUUUAUUACUUCAAACCCUAUUAAAUACUAUAGAAAAAUUUAAGCAACAAUAUAGUACUGUUCG